UUCACUCUUUUUCAUUUUCCUUUCUUAUCCACACUUGACCCAUGUGUCCCUCGGAAGUCUCGCUUGGUUUCACUUUGGUUUAGCCCUGCGGCAGGAGUAAACCCAGCAGGUUUCCUUGGCUUCACUCAUUCCUUCUCUCUUCUUCUCCCUCCUCCUCUCCAUCUUUCCUUCCUUCUCCUCCCCCUGGCCCCCUCUUUCCUCUCCCUCCCUCCCUCCCGGCUCCGUGUUUCCCUUCGGCAGUGGGCCCGCGGCUCUGGGCACCAUGCUCCAGUUCCUGCGGUUGCUGCUUUUGCUGCUAUUGCCUCCCCCAGGGUCUCCCGAGCCUUCUGAGCCCCCGGGCCUGGCCCAGUUGUCGCCGGUGGAGCCACCCCAGCCCCCCGACUUGCUCUACGCGGACGGGCUGCGAGCCUACUCCGCCGGGGCUUGGGCGCCUGCCGUGGCACUGCUAAGAGAGGCGCUGCGGAGCUGGGCGGCACUGGGCCGCGCACGGCGGGACUGCGGGGUGAGCUGUGCGGCCGAGCCUGGCGCCGCGCUCCCCACCCAGAUCCUGGGCGCCCCGCAACCUGCCUCGGGGCCCGGGACCUGGGAACCGCUGUUGUUGCGUGCCACGCUCCGCCGCGCCGAGUGCCUGACCCAGUGCGCAGCGCGAAGGCUGGGCCCGGGGGGCGCGGCGCGGCUCCGUGUGGGGAGUGCUCUGCGGGAUGCCUUCCACCGACGGGAGCCCUACAACUACCUGCAGAGGGCCUACUACCAGUUGAAGAAGUUGAACCUGGCGGCUUCUGCAGCACACACCUUCUUUGUGGCGAACCCCACACACUUGCAGAUGCGAGAAGAUAUGGCCAAGUACAGGCGAAUGUCUGGGAUCCGACCUCAGAGCUUCCAGGACCUGGCCACGCCCCUGUACUGGGCAGCCUAUGACACUGGCCUGAAGCUACUGGGGCAGCAGGAGGCAACACUGGCACUGCCCAAGCUAGAGGAGGCCCUCCAGGGGAGCCUGGCCCACAUGGAGAGCUGUCGUGCUAACUGUGAGGGGCCUGAGGAACAGCAAGGGGCUGAAGAGGAUGCGGAGGAAGAGAGUCAGGGGGGCCUGUAUGAAGCCAUUGCAGGACACUGGAUACGGGUUCUGCAGUGCCGGCAGCGCUGCGUGGCAGACACAGCCACUCGUCCUGGUCGCAGCUUCCCUGUCCCUGACUUCUUCCCCAGCCAGCUGCGAAGGCUGCAUGGGGCCUAUGCUCAGGUGGGGAAUGUGUCUCAGGCCAUCGAAAAUGUCCUGAGUGUCCUGCUCUUCUACCCAGAGGAUGAGGCUGCCAAAAAGGCUCUGAACCAGUACCAAACUCAGUUGGGAGAGCCAAGACCUGGCCUAGGACCACGAGAGGACCUCCAGCGCUUCAUCCUUCGCUCCCUCGGGGAGAAGAGACAGCUCUAUUAUGCCAUGGAGCACCUGGGCACCCGCUUCAAGGACCCGGAUUCAUGGACCCCAGAAGAUCUCAUCCCUAAGGCACUGAGAGAGAAGCUCAGAGAGGAUCAAGAGAAGAGGUCUUGGGACCACGAGCCUCCACAGUCGAAGCCCCUCACUUACUGGAAGGAUGUCCUUCUCCUGGAGGGCGUGACCCUCACCCAGGAUGCUCAGCAGCUGAAUGGGUCCGAGCGAGCUGUCUUGGAUGGGCUGCUAACUCCAGCUGAGUGUGGGGUUCUACUGAAGUUGGCAAAGGAUGCAGCUGACGCUGGAGCCAGGUCUGGCUAUCGUGGCCGCCGCUCCCCUCAUAGUCCUCAUGAGCGCUUUGAGGGGCUCACGGUGCUCAAGGCUGCUCAGCUGGCCAGGGCUGGGACUGUGGGCAGGCCGGGCGCUAAGCUGCUUUUGGAGGUGAGUGAGCGAGUACGGACCUUGACCCAGGCCUACUUCUCCCCGGAACGGCCACUGCAUCUAUCCUUCACCCACCUGGUGUGCCGAAGUGCCAUAGAAGGGGAGCAAGAGCAGCGCAUGGACUUGAGUCACCCGGUCCAUGCAGACAACUGUGUCCUGGACCCUGAGACUGGUGAAUGCUGGAGAGAGCCCCCAGCCUAUACCUAUCGAGACUAUAGUGGACUCCUCUACCUCAAUGAUGACUUCAAGGGAGGUGACCUGUUCUUCACGCAGCCCAACGCCCUCACGGUCACGGCUCAGGUUCGUCCUCGAUGUGGGCGCCUUGUGGCCUUCAGCUCCGGUGGUGAGAAUCCCCACGGUGUGUGGGCUGUGACGCAGGGACGGCGUUGUGCCCUAGCACUGUGGCACACGUGGGCACCUGAGCACAGGGAGCAGGAGUGGACAGAAGCCAAAGAGCUGCUGCAGGAGGAAGAAGAAGAGGAGGAAGAGGAAGAGGAAGAAACUCUCAGCAGAGACUCUGCCCCAGAACCCCCAAGUCACAAGCUUCAGCGGGUCCAGGACAAAGUUGGGAAGCCACACCGGAUCCGAGAGGAACUGUGAAUGGCUGAGCCAACUUCUUAGGGGCACGGCCACUGAACUUGUGAAGGAACCGAGGAGAAGGCCUUGGGUGACAUCAGGAACAGAGUACCAUGCCCUGUCCCUUCAGUCUACCAUCUUGGGGACCUACAAAGGCCACCAAGGCCUGGACUCACAAGCUUACUACACAGACUGAGCCUAGAGCCCAUCAGGCCUAGGAGGUCUGGCCCCAGGUGAGGGACCUGCAGAGUCCCUAGGACAGAAAAGAUCACUGUGCCUCUCUGAAAGCCAUGGCAAGGACUGACGGCUGACUGCUUCUAAUAAGAAAGACA